AUGGAUAGGCUGAUAAGUGUUUUAAAUAAGCUUCAAGAUGUCAUGGCGAUAACGGGGAAGGAUACGCUACAGUUGCCGCAGAUUGUCGUCGUCGGGGAUCAGAGCUCUGGGAAGAGUUCGGUACUCGAGGGCUUGGUCGGGAAGCCGUUCUUGCCGCGCGGUGUUGGAGUAGUGACGCGAAGGCCGCUUCUCAUCCACCUCGAGUACCUGCCGAAGAAGAAAGGGAGAGGAGACGAGGAAUCUGGUAGUGACCAUGUCGUCUUCAGCCAUGAUUCGAGGGUCUUCAAGAACUUCAGGGAAGUGAUGAAAGAGAUCGAGGAAGAGACUGAUCGAGCUGCGGGCACUAACAAAGGCAUCUGCUCAGAACCGAUCGUCAUGACGAUAUAUUCAAGGAACGCCGCUUCUAAUCUCACCCUCAUAGAUCUCCCGGGGAUAAUCAAAGUUCCGAUGGGAGACCAACCUUCGGACAUCGAAGACGUCCUCAAGGCUCUAAUCCUCAGGUAUAUUUCCAACCCUAACUCUAUCAUCCUAGCUAUAGUCACCGCUAACACUGAUAUAGCCACGAGUGAGAGCUUGAAAAUGGCCAAGGAAGUGGAUCCAGAAGGUGUGAGAACCCUCGCAGUGGUAACCAAGCUGGACAUCAUGGACACCGGAACCAACGCGACCGACAUCCUCUCUGGCAAAGUGAUUCCCGUCAAGUUGGGCGUAGUCGGCGUCGUCAACAGGUCUCAGAGAGACAUCGUUCAAGGGAUCAGUAUCAAGGAGGCCGGUAUUCAGGAAAUGAACUUUUUCUACAAAUACUAUCCCCAACUGGCCAAUAAACAUGGCACUUCAUACUUAGCUCGGACUUUACAAGAAUUGCUCAUCGAUCAUAUAAAAGCCAACUUGCCACAGCUGAGACAGAGGAUCCAAGAAUCUAUGGAGCAGCACAAGUCAGUCCUCCAGAGAUUGUCUGGAGCGGAUAUCUCCGCGCCGGGAGAAUGUCUCCUCAACCUUCUGACAAGUUUCUCGAACACAUACUGUGCCAAAAUUCAAGGCACGGGGAACGAACUGGAAAUGAGCGAACUGGGAGGCGGUGCUAGGAUAAGCUAUAUAUUCCAUGAAACCUUCGCAAGCGCACUUAACUCCAUAAACCCAUUAGCGGGAUACAACACUUCAGCCAUUCUAACGGCCAUAAAGAACGCUUCAGGAACUAGACCAGGGUUGUUCAUGUCGGAAAGCUGCUUCGAACUUUUGGUUAAGAAACAAAUAACUCGCUUAGAAAGUCCUUCGUUGCGCUGCGUACAACUCGUAUACGACGAACUGGAGAAGAUAAUCUACAGCAGUUGUCAAAGUCAGAAUUUGGCUAUGGCCCGCUACCCGAAACUUCAUCAGAAAAUCUUGGAAGUCGUUAUCAAGAUGUUGAAAAGCAGACUUCCUGAAACCAAUAGCCUCGUAAAGAAGCUGAUAGAGAUUCAAACGGCCUACAUCAACACGGCCCAUCCAGACUUCCACAUAAACGGUCAAGAUCACAUGGGAACGGACUAUCAGAUAGUUCCUUUCAAGGAGGAGGACCACCCUAGGGAAUCUGGAGUCACAAUCGAGAAUCUGGUCAUCAAGUACUUCAACAUCGUGAGGAAGACAAUUCAGGAUGCUGUGCCGAAGGCCAUCAUGCACUGCCUCGUCAAUUAUUCGAUGAACCACAUCCUCUCCGAACUGGUGAGCAUCUUAUACUCCCCCGGGAAGGCGGAACAGUUCCUCGAAGAGUCGGCAGACAUCGCAGAGCAGCGGGCUUACGCUCUCAGGAUGUUAGAGGUCUUGGAGAACGCCAACUCCAUCAUCACAGAAGUGAAGGAAGGUUACUGCUUGGUUUAG